AUGAGGAGGGAAUGUAUAGUGAUGACAGUGCAGGUGCUUUGCCACAAUAGCAGCAUGUGGGAGUUUGUGGACAGCAUCGCAAUUGCAGACAACCACAUCUGCAGUAAGUGUCUGAACCUCAAGUUUGUGCCAAACCUCCUGCAGACCUUCAAAGGCCUCCACUAUGAGGUUGCAGGGAACAUAGGGAGGGUGCAUUGUGCUAAUAAAUUGCUCCUAGAUAAAGCCAAACCACAAGAGUGGAAUAUAGGUCAGCAGGGGGAACAUUUGCAGAAAGGAAAAGCAGCCAGCAUCAGGACCACAGACCCAAUAAUGAGAUCCAGAAGAACCACCUCCGAGGGGAUGCUGGAGGAGGAGUUGAAUCUGGGAGCCAGCCCUGCCCAGGAAGGCAAAACGCCAGCAGAGCAAUUUGACAAGAUGAGACUCCAGGUGAGGUUUUUGACCGGUGAAGAUAUUGAACUUGAUGUCAACCCUUCCAUCCAAAUCUCAGCUCUCAAGAUGAUGAUAUACAAAACAACCAAUAUGUCUUAUUCCCAACUGCGCCUGGUGGUGCAAAAUGGGAGCACUGUGGAGCUGAAGGACAACAAGAGGCUGUGUGACUACAACGUCUCUCCCAGCGAUGCUGUCAUGCUCAUUGUCAAGAACGAGAAGCGGAUGCAGAUUUUCCUCAGGAACGACAAAGGGAAAACAUCUACAUAUGAUGUUCUUCCCUCUGAGACCAUUGAGGAUUUUAGAGCACGAAUACAAUGGCAGGAGGGUGUCCCAGCCAGUCAGCAGCAUCUGGUGUACGAGGGGAAACAGUUGGAGGAUGGUCGGUUACUUGCCAACUACAAUAUUCAGCCUGAGAGCACCAACCUGCAGUUAGUAAGAGACCCAGGUUGCACAGUUACUGAUUUGACCAUGAUAUUUUUGGAUCUUAUUCCUGUCUGCCCCAGUUCUCAUAACAACAGGAAGACCACCACUGAGUUCCACACCUCUUUACAACUUGGUCCAAAGGUGACAAAACAGAAAUUUGACAAGAUGAGACUCCGGGUGAAGUUUAUGACCGGUGAGGUUAUUGAACUUGAUAUCGACACUUCCAUCCAAGUGUCAGCUCUCAAGAAGAUGAUAUAUGAAAGAACCAAGGUGCCCCAUUUCCGACAGCGCCUGGUGGUGCAAAAUGGAAACACUGAAGAGCUGCAGGACAGCAGGAGGCUGUCUGACUACAAUGUCUCUCCCAGCCAUGAGGUCAUGCUGAUUGUCAAGAAUGAGGAGCGCAUGCAGAUAUUCCUGAAGAAUGACAAGGGGAAAACAUCUACAUAUGAUGUUCUUCCCUCUGAGUCUGUUCAGGAUUUUAGAGCACGAGUACAACGGCAGGAGGGUGUCCCAGCCAAUCAGCAACGUCUGGUGUACGAGGGGAAACAACUGGAGGAUGGCUGGACACUCGCUGACUACAAUAUUCAGUCUGAGAGCACCAUCUUCCUCCUGCUACGUCUACGAGGUGGUUAA